AUGGAGGAAAAGAAGUGCCGAGAAGCUGAAAACGAGCAUCAGCUAGCGAAGGAGAAAGAAGAGCGGCAACUACUUGAGCAAAAGAUUAAAGAGGAGGAGGAACAACAUCGAGUUCUGCAACAGAAGCUUGAAGAUGAGCAACAGCAAUUACGACAACUCCAGUUGGAAGCUGUGGAGAAGGAAGUGCACCGCCGCUUUAUACAGGCACAAGGACAGGAAGAGGGAAAUGGUCACCAUGAUGCUGAUCCUGCAGCGCCUUCUCAAGCCCCUUCAGUUGGUAAAACACGUCGAAAGGUGAUGAAGAAAGAGGCAGUAGACUUGAUCAAGACGUUGGUCCAGCAGCAGCUUGGGGAGACUCUACGUGAUCACGACGCCAAGAUGGAUGAGCUCCAACGUAUGGUUACAAGGCUACAAACGGUAGUGCGGAAACAGACUGCCAUGCUGGAAGAUUCCACAGACCAACUCAUGAAUCUGCAGUUGAAGCAGCAGCCCAUGCCUCCAAGGAGCAGUGACGCAGGAGGUGGCUCGUUCCUCCCAAGAAUCACAGGACAAUCCUCCGUUCCACGUCAGCCUAUUGCCCCGUCAGGUCUGCGUGCCCCAAGGCCUGUGAUGCUGUCGAAAUUACCAGUUUUAGCCAGCGGAGGAAGGAGGCCCAGCUACAACCAGCAGAAGCUUAAGAACAUCUCCAGUGGUAGGUCUCAACCGCAGUUUUAACCUAAAGUAGUCCGUUAAAGUCUUGGAAGAGUUUUAUCGCUCCCACCCGUAGGUCCUGUUGAUGGUUUUAACUUCGUGUACUGGUAUCUAUAAUUUGGCCCCGCGGAGCAGUAUGGUAAAAGUUUUAACGUAAAAC